AUGCUCUACAACAAUGAAAGAAAGGAGUGGGAACAUUCGGGUGGCUCAUCAGGAAUCUCCAGAGUCCAUGUUUACCAUCAUCCCAUCAACAACACAUAUAGAAUAGUUGGCAGAAAAGUCCAAGAUCAUGCGGUAUGUUUCCAACUGGUUUAUGGUAAUAGUUUUUUUUGUGACAAAUUACUACUUGCUAGAGUGUGAAUUCUGUCUUGAAGUCAUAUUUGGCUUCAUUCAUCAAGAUUUUUUACGUAUUAAAAAUGCUGAUAACAAUUUGUGUAAUUUUUGUGACGUUUUUGGCCUGGUGAGGGUGUGGAUGGGUUGUCCUGUGGACACCCUGUUUUAGGAUUAAAAAAUGAUAUUUUUACAUCUUGGUUUUAGAGCUGUUGGCUUUAUUGAGAGUUGAGGAAGAGUUGAGAGAGAGAGAGUUUUUUUGGCCAAUUUGGAAAUUUAGAUUCUUCAAAUUUUCAACAUUUGCUGGGUUAAAGGUUAAUAAUAACUUUAAUAAUAACUUUAUUUCUAUAGCGCUCUUAUCCUAUGUUCAAGGCGGUUUGCUUCCAGACCUAUGUCCAUGCCUUCCUGGCAUUGCUUAUGGACACCCACUUACAAUUUCCAGGUCUACAGUUGUACUAUCUUGUGUUACAGGUGGUUAUAAACUGUGCAUUAAUAAAAGGAUUAAAAUACAAUGAAGCAACACCAACUUUUCACCAGUGGAGAGACCAAAGACAAGUUUAUGGUUUGAAUUUUCCAAGCAAAGAGGAUGCUCAAGUUUUUGGCCAUGCUGUGUUUUCAGCUUUGGAAAAUCUCAAAGGUGGGGGUUAGUUAUAAAAUUAUAAAAGUAUUAUAAUAAUUGUAAUAUUUUAUCUAUCUAAAAAGCUGCUAUAAGAGUAUCAAAUAAACGUUUCUGAAUGAGUAGGAAAUAAUUUUGACAGUAGUACAUGCUUAAUUAGAAUACCAGAUAGAUGUAAGUGUCUGUGUGCUGCCCACAGGCAGGUCCUUCCUCAUGAGUCUCGAUCCAAGGUGCGUCUACUCUUGACUGCUACCUAAGGUCUGCCAUCCUUCACUCAAUCCAGCGUUCCUUCUCGACGCCUUCCUGUUGGCCUCUUUCUUAUUAUUCGCCCCUCAACAACCGAUGGGACAAGAUUGCCAUGCUGUAGGUUAUGACCAAGCCAGACUCUGUCUUCUCUUGAUAACAAAUAUGAUGGCCCUAUCGAUCUUCACUGAAUUGCCUCAAUACUUCAUUAUAGACUUUUUCAGACCAAGAAAUGUUUAUGGCCUUCCUCCAAAGCCACAUCUCACAGCUCUUCAGCCUUCAAACAUCCUCUAUUAGAUACCUGACAAAUUUUCCUUGGGCAAUUAAGGCAUGAGACUUUUACCCCGACAGUAAGAGGAUUGACAGUGUUUGUAGAGGGCCAGAUCAUUUUAGAAAAACUCUUAAGAUUUCAGAAGUCAUCUAUGAGAGUUACUAAGCUCAGUUCAACAAAAUGAUUAUGCAUACUGACCUCUUUUCUUCUCUCACAUUAAUUUGAGUUUAUUUUACUUGAUGGGUUUUCAAACAAGAGUCAGUUAAGGCUGUAAUGGCCCAAGAUUCUCUUCCACGGUUGAGAAAUUGGUCUGCAAACGUGAGCUGGCUUGCAAUCAAAAUGUAUGUCUGCAGGAGUGAAACUCCUGCCUUAAUGAUAAGAUUUCGCAAGUAUUCAAAUUGUUGAUGGUAUGUGAUCAGUGGCAUUUUGGUAACUGAUUUUUGUAUUUACUUUAGGCAUGGCUCCUCAACCACAACCAAUUAUUCAACAACAACAUUAUGCACCAUCAUCUCAUAUGAGCAAUGGUAGAAAUGAACCGGAAGAGAUACCCUCGCAUCACCGGGACCAGCCACAGUAUGAUGCUUAUGACCAGUAUUCCCGUGGAAGGGUACCAUCUGCUGGACCAGAGCGGACCUACCACAAUCAGUAUGACAUGCAGCGUGACAGGCAAAGCCCUAUUGUAAGUUUUAACUUUUUAUCAUUUAUGACAUUAAGUCUCAAAAAUUUUUUCAUGCUAGUGAUGGAAGGUCAGGUCCCUACUAGUUGAGGUGUAUGUAUCAUUUGACACACAAAAUGUUUGUUUUUAGCCCAGUGCAGUUUCCUUGUCAACUUCUCCUGGACCACAGCCAGUCGUCACACAGUCAAGUAAGUUAUCACGUGAACUAUUUAUAAUAAAUCCCAUUUUAAACAUUGGGCUGAUUUCCUUAGUAUUAAUGGAUCCUUAUACCUGCAUGUGAAAGUGUGCUAUUCAAUUUGGUGACUGGAAUUUCCAGUUUCCUUAUACAAAUAAACAAUAUACCUUCCUAGCUUCUGUCUUAAUUAAAUAUUGAUCUUAGCACUUGCUACUCUUUGAUGAUCUCACCAACAGCUGCCCCCCCUGCACCACCUGCACCUCCAGUUCCGGCAGCACCACCAGCUCCUCCAGCCCCGCCUGCUCCGCCCGCUGCACCCCCUCUGCCAGUAGGAGGUGGACCUCCUGCUCCACCUCCACCCCCAGCAGUUCAAAGUGGGGGAGGUGGGUCUUUGGCUGAUCAGAUUGCUGCAGCAAAACUUAAGAAGGCUUCAAAGGUAAUAUUUUUAGGUUCUCAUGUCAAACAGAUUUACAACAUUUGGGAGCAUAAGAGUGGAUUCAUUUGUCACUUAAUAAUAAAUGCAACAAAAGAUCUUGCAUAUGCAGCUCUCAAGAGUUUUUAUAACAUGAUUGGUCAAUUACCCAUUACUUUUUGCCCGUGGAAAAAUAUGUACGGAAGCUAGUGUGUGCUCAAAGCUCUAAAUGUCACUUUCUUUGUGACUGCAUCAUAGUUCAAGGUUUGUGUCUUAAUGCUUAGGGAAUGUUUACAAAAACGAUUACGCUUCUUUUGUCAAACUCUUGCCUGCAACCUUAACUGACAUAACUUGAUGGUUGCACACUCCAUGUUUGAUGUGUAUUCAAAACAGGCAGCAUUAGUACGAAUUCCUCUGACGUAUUCUCACACAUUCAUAAUACUAAUAGCUUCAGUGAAGCAAUACUGUAAAGGUGCACAGGAAAUUCAACUUGUGUGAUGAUAUCUCAAAUUCUUGUGACCUUUCUGGUUGACUAAGCACACAUCAUGUACGUGUAAAUACAAUAUUAAGGAGAAAUUUGCAGCUGAUCUUCACUGAGGGUUAAAGGGUUGAAGAUUGCUUACUUUGCAGACAAAUCAUUUGGUACAGAAAAAUAUUUUAAUGGAUAUCAUGAAAAGUGAAAGGGUGUAAGAGGUUGAAAGAGCAUUUAUUCAUCUCUAGGCUGAGAAUGAAGGUUUCAGAAGUGACAGAGCCAAUUCAGCAAGUCGUGGGGGUGGAAAGAAUAUGGGAGGUGGUAUGGACAUGAUGGCGGAAAUGGCAAGGAAGCUAGCGGCAAGGUCUGUUCCAUGAUUUGACUUCUACCUUGUUUUAAUAGCAGAUGUGAUACAAGCAAGGGACAAGGGGUCUUAACCCCCUUGAACCUUCCUCUGAUUAUAACCCUUAUUAGCAAUACUCCAAGAGGCUUGACGUGCCACCAGACACUAGCGUAAGUUGCCACUGUGUUACUCCCAUGGCUGAUAGCUGUGCCUCUAGCCUCCUCCUUGUAAAGGUCAGAAUUUUAUUUUCAUAGUUCAUGAUUUGACUUACCCUAAAGUAUUGUUAGAGGAAAGUCUUAAGUUACUUCAAGCUGAUAAGCACUGAUGUGUAUUUUUUUAGAAAAGCCAAAGAAGAAGGAAGAGACGUAGAGGUAAGAGUGGUUUGGUCCUGAUAGUUAGUGUUACUUAUUCAUGUUUUUACCUGUGAGCUACAAUAAUGAUGAUUCAGCUGUGUUCGACUGAUUUUUCUUGUAAUUCUUCACUCUAGCCCAUUAAAGAAGAAGAAAGGCCCGAAAGAACUGGUAAGUAUUAGUUAACUCUUAGUUUGUUGGCAUAUUUGUAGACAAGAAAUUGUGUCAGUUUGAGGAAGAAAGAGCCCUUUUUCAACUGAUGGUGACAGUUGUUUUUGUCUUUUUUAAGGUCCACGCAUAAACACUAGCAAUCCACCUUCAACUCCUGCAUUUGGGAAUGGCAAUUCCAAAGCCAAUUUCCUGACACCAGCCAAGCCAUCAAGUAAUAAUGGAGUCAGGUAAGAACAUAAGUGUUCCAUAACAAUGACAAUUCUACUCUUUGGAAGGUCAGUUAAGCAAGUGCACUGUUUUAGGACAUGGCAAGCAGGGUCCCAUGGGUGCCAAUACCAAUUUCUUACUCCAUAGGUAUAGCAUAGCUUAUUUUCUAUGGAAUGGAAUCUUGCACCUUUUUCCGAUGGUACGUCAAGUAUAAGGAAAGGUAUACUGUCCUUACAUGAUGUAGUGCAGAAACUCAAGAAAGAUUGAUCAGUAACAAGAUCACUGCUGUUGAGUCAUUCCUCAUUUGCAGAGAAAUCACUCAAACAACUGCUUCAAAUCAUUGUUUUGUUGCAGGAAAUCAAGCAAGAGUGAAUCACCAUUAAGUAAUGAUCAGUUGGAGGAAUUGAAAACAGUAAGAGUCCCUAAUUAGAGCUUGUCUCUUUCUUGCCUCUUAUCCUCUUUUUUUACCUGAUUGAUUUGUUAGUUUUGCUGAGAUGUUGCUGUAAAUUCUGUAAUAGUCAUUUAAGAAAAAGUCUGAACAUAAAUUAAUCUUUUCUAAAUAUUAUAAAUAUUGAUCUUCUGUAUAAUGCCAAUAGCAAACAGACAAACUCAACGGUUUUCUGGUCGUGUUAGUGUGUGAUUGAGGUGGUAUUUUUUCAAUGGGUUCCUCGUAUCCGUACCCACAUAGUUCUCAAUCCUAAAAUAUUUUUUAGUUAGUCUUUGAAAAUCAGGAAAUAAGCAUAUGUACAUUAAGACUGUGAUUAGCCAAUUAAGACAUUAACUUUCUCAGGAUUAGCGCAACUCUCUAUUUUUUGUGUUGAUUCAUCAAAAACCACUGAAAACAUUAUUGCAACACCGUUGUAUCAGCAAGAGAGUUCCGGACUGUAAUUCAUAAAUUGCGCGAGUUUGCCUUUAGGUUACCCUUUGAGAGAAGUGUUCCUGUGAAUUGGUAGGAAUGCCACUUUAGGAAGUGCUAUCCCAUUUUAUAAAAUAACUAAGGUAGUGCGCGCGUUCUGAUUGGUUAAAACCUAUGGUUUAUUGUGCCGGUAAACUCAUAGAAAACUUAAAGUUGUUUUAUAAAAGCUUUCUAUGGGUUUACCGGCGUGAUACCUCACUUGGAAUGUUGGGAGAACACUUGUAAAUCACAAGCCUUCGGCUCGUUAUUUACAAGCCUUUCUCGUGUUCUCCCAACAUUCCAAGUGGGGUAUCACGCCGGUAAACCUAUAGAAAGUGUGGUCUAUUGCUUAAGUAGAGCUCGUUUUACUUGUGUAGUUAUAUAUUUUGUCCCACCGUAAAAUCUAAAAGUUUGCUGACAAACCAAGUGGCUAGAUGGUUGGUUUUUAAGGGUGGAAAUCUGAUUAAUCCUCUUCAAUUUUUUUUUCAGGAAUUAUUGGCUGAAUUUAGACAAGAAUUAGAUGCAGCAAAAAGAGAAAUAAUUGAAAGUAAGUCUGUAUGACUGAAACCACUUCAUGACUGUGACCUUUUGCGUUCCAUAUCCAACAGUAUGGACCUUAAGAUCCAAGGACGGUGACGCUGGCGAAAGAGUCGCUUAAAAGUGAAGUCUCGCUGUUUUCAAUCUUCAUAGCGAGUAUUCCAUCUCACUUUUUCAAAUGUAGGCGAACUCUCCUGGAGUUGAAUUCCUAAGAUUCCUUUUUCUAAUUCAUGAAAUUAGACAUUUUCACUUCGAUGUCGUGCAGUGACAGUAAACAACUGGACAAGAAAGUUGUUGUUUUACUUGUAAACCUAUUGCUUUUUGACAUUUUCGUUGCCGUCGCCAUCGUCGGAUCAUAGGUCUCAACUAGUGUAGAGCUUCUUGUUAUUUGCGUCUUGUAGAAAUAUUUAAAUCGUUUUGUCAACCAUUGAAUUGCUACAACACAGGGACCAUACCAAUGGCAUACCUUCUAUAACGGGUCAAAAAUGGCCUACUGGUAUCCACAUCUGCUCUGUUGUCGAUGAGUCAGAUGGAGUGAUCAGAUAGUUUGCAACUAGCCCGGCCAAACGGGAAACAAAAAUGACCGAUUGCCAGUUGAUUGUCGAAAGUAGUCCCGUGAGUGCUACGCUUUUAAGUUAGGCGAUUGUCUGAAAAAUCUCUCCUUAACCAAUCCAAAAAACGUGUUUUGUGUCGCUCGUGCUCGCCCUUUUUCCCGCCCUUCCGCCAGCCACAAAUAGCUUUGGUAUCUGAUUGGUUCAUUUGAAUAUCUACGGUUGUCAUGAUUGGCCAUAGAAUUAGGCCCUUUGCAACUAAAUAGACACAUGGUGCAAAAACAACUUGCUCAAGGUCCAGCAAAGAAAAUGGACCUUAAAAGAAAGAAAAUUAUUUUUUGUAAAUUAUGUAAUUUCUUUGUCUCUCUUGCGCUGUUAAAGCGCACAGGGUCUACAAAUUGGUUUUAGUUUGCUCACUUAGAAGGAGCUCUAAGAUAACAAAGUAUUUACUUUUCUUUCAGCUUUGAGACAGGAAAUCUCACGAAUUCGGUGAAUCAAUUCUACAGCUCCCUGAGGAACAAUUGAAUUGGGGGAAGCCUCUGAUUAAUGGAGUGAACUGAGAAGAUUAUUGCCUACUCCUACGUUGAUAACUAUAUGAAAGAUAAAAUUUCACAAACGAGACCUCUGGACGGAAGUCUUAUGGGUGAAAAUGUAACGUAGAGCAAAAAUUUUGGUAUUUUUUCGCUCGGUGCGCGGAAAGCCAUCUUAAUUAGUCAGGGACAAUUAUAUGUGUAAAAUAGCAUGAGGCACUCUUUGUGGCUCUCAGAUAAUGCCUGAUUAAGAUAAUACGUGUUAAUUGCUAAGAAAACCGUGGGCAACAGACUACAUCUGAGAUAUUUAUUGAGUCGCGGAUAGGGUCGGGUCAAAUACAAGCAGGACAAGACAGGAAUCUGGACAUAUACGCUUAGUGUAUUCAAGCAUAAACACGAGCAACACCAGUUCGUAGACGCAGUUACCUGCUAAUUGUUCCCGUUCCUCGCCCAUGAAUGAAAACGGGUCUUUCCUGUGUUUGCGUUUGUUGUUUGAGCUUAGCCUUCGCCGUACUUAUUUUUAUAAUACUUUGUUAUAAUGCAAAUGAGCAAUAACAAUAGAUUUUGCUCAUUAGCGUUAGGUUUGGGACUUGUGAAGCUCGACGGUUGACCUGGGCUUUAGCCUGCAAACGGAGACGUAUUUCCGGUAGUCGUUUAUCUCCACCCGAGAACCCGAGUUCACCCGAGUAGAGUGGAAAGAAGCGACGACCGGAAAUACGUCUGGGGUCGCAGGCUACCCGGGCCUUGGCAACCACGGCGACGACAGCAGUGUGAAACGUGCUAGUUAAGUAUCUUUCCGUUUUUAAAACUUCAUGGCGACUAUUGUAUCUUUCUCAAUUUGUCAAGUGUAGCCGAAUUCUCUGGAAUCAAAGACCGCACCUUAGUUCAAAAGGAGAAUUGAAAUUUCUUUGUUGUGCAGCCACGUUCUCUAUAAAAUGUCGCAUUACCUGAUUAGGAAAUUUUACGUAUACCUUUUGCAGAGGUUUGUCGCAGGCUAAGAGGACGGUAAAGAAAUGCACCAGUGCACGUGUAGAGUUGUUGUUUUGCUGAUUGAAUCUAUUGUAUUUAUAAUGUUUUCAUUGUCGUCGCCGUUGUUCAAGUUCCCUCCCUUUAAGGCGGCAGUUUAGGCCCCGUCCACACGUAUCCGGAGAUUUUUGUAUCCGCAAAUUUUUUUAUACGGAUACAAAAAUAUCUGCGUCCACACGUAGCGUAUACGAAUCGUAUACGACCGUCCACA